ACAGCACACAAUAGAGGGAAAAAAAAACAGAGAAAAACCCAAGAAAUCCGCUUCGCCGUCUCCAAUUUCGCCUGCACACACAUAUCCCCUCAGAAUCUCGCGCGAAUUUCCCCGAGUUGUUCCCUCAUCCCCGAUUCGCGAUCUGGGUUCGAAAGAUGCGCGCCGAUUCCCUUCCCCUUUCCCCCGCGCUCGGAUCACAGGAAAGGCGUGGAGGAAACUGACGGCGAGGGCUCGUCGUCGGUUCCAACCGAUCUGAUCUCGCCUCCGCAGGUUUCUUUGAUUUGGACGGGGAAUGCUCGUGUCAACAUGCUAAACCGAGGAGGAGCCGUGCGGUCGUUGCUGGAUCGUCUCCGCCCGCCGCCGAGGGGAAGGAGCCCCGCCAUGCCGCCGCCGGCCGCUGCCAGCCACGCUUGCUUCUCCAGUCUUAGCCACUCGAAUGCGCACGGCGAGAGCAGCAGGGUGCAGAGGAAGGGUGCCCUGGAUUUGGGGGCCGGUCGGAGGUUUGCGCCGGGCAGCGCGCUGAGCUUGAAGAGCUGUCUGGAUUGGCAGGACGGCAGCAGGUUCAGGAGGGUGGAUGGUGAAGGCGAGGCGGUGGAUAUCAAGGCGAGGGUUCUGUCCCCUCAGCGGCAGUUCGUGUGUGAUUCAGAGGUUCGGCUGUCGGAGGAGGUGAGCGUGAAGAGUGUUAAUGGAAAUGGCGCUUGCCGUCCUGGGAAGCGCUUUGGUUUCCCUGAGCAGGCUGUGCCAACUAAGAUGGUUGUUGCUGUUGAUGUGGAUGAAGUUCUCGGAAGCUUUCUUGCUGCCCUGAACAGAUUUAUUGCCGAGCGGUACUCAUGGAAUCACUCGGUGUCAGAGUACCAUGUGUAUGAGUUCUUUAAGAUAUGGAAUUGUUCUCAAGAGAAAGCUAGUAUUCUUGUCCACGAGUUCUUUACAACCCAUUACUUCCAAGAUGGUAUACAUCCUAUUCCAGGCGCUCGAGAUGCUCUCCAAAAUCUCUCUUCUUUCUGUAGCUUAUCUGUAGUAACAUCUCGGCAGGAUGUAAUAAAAAAUCACACAUUAGAGUGGAUCGAGAAGUUUUAUCCAGGAUUAUUUGAGCAGAUCCAUUUUGGGAAUCAUUUUGCUUUGCAAGGUCAAUCAAGGCCAAAAUCAGAGAUUUGCAGAUCGUUUGGUGCGCAGGUUUUAAUAGACGACAACCCGAGAUAUGCUCAAGAAUGUGCCGAGGAUGGCAUGAGGGUCCUGCUGUUUGAUUAUGAUAACUCGUAUCCCUGGUGCAAAACUGGUGUGGAUCAAUCACAUCCGUUGGUGACCAAGGUUCAUAACUGGCAAGAAGUCGAGCAGAAACUUCUUUCGUGGGUAGCACCUGAGAGCUGACAUUCUUUGUCGGGUGUGGGAAGCAGAAUUGUGAGCAGCAGAUAAGAGCCCAGUUUCUGAAUGAACAUCCUGGAUCCCUUCUAACAUUUCAAUCCAUGAACAUGUCAAGGGUAAAGUAGAAUACCCCAGAUCAUCAGUGAUAGAAUGACAAUGGAACAUUACCUUACUGCAGCAUGAUUGGUGUAGGCCUGAAAUGCAAUCAAACAGUCUAGUAUGCCAUUGGAUGAUUCAAGAUCACGUGUUGAAGCUCAAUUCUUGGCACUGUGCUAUGUGCAUCUGUUGGAUCAAAUAGUUCCUAUGAAUAUAUAUCUAAUAAGCAUUAUUAUCUUAUGAAUUGGAUCUUUUGUCCUGGGUCCUGAUUUGUACUGGUGCAAAGGUAGCAAGUGGUUACAGUUGUGUGCUAAUUGUGCUAUCAUGUCGUAUUUUAUUGCAGAUUGAAUCGAUGUCAGGGAAAAAAAAGUACUGUAAAUCAUCAUGUACUGGGCCUACAAUGUGAAUGAAUAUCUUUAUGAAUAUGAAUAUGACAAUUUUGUUUU